CCCAAGACCCUCGGUCAGUCACUGCGCAUUCACGCCUUCGUCAGUAACAUAUGAGGACACUGGUAUCAACGGAAGUCGUUGUGAAGACAGCGGCGUAUACUUUUGCCCCUAUGAAGAAUGCAGAAUACGUAAGGCCGACAGAACAUGGAAGCAACAUGUACGGCAUUACGAAACACGUGCAGUGGCGACCGAUGCAAAAUGCGCAAUUCGCGAAGGACGAGGCCAAGUAUGCGCUGAGGAAGGUGAGGACCCUUGGGUCGCUGGAUGGGCGGAAGCCGGAUGUGGAGACGGAGGUGUAAUGUACUUCUGUGGCUUGUAGUUUUGAUCCUGCAUAAAGAGUAUUAUUUUGCUUUCUUUCUGUCUUCCCUACCUGUAUCUUUCGUAUCGGCGGGUUCACCAAGGGGUCAGGCAAUGUUGGCGUUGGUGCUUAUCGAGUUGGAUCACAAGGAAAACGGACAGUUUGGCACGGCAGCACUUGAAUAUGACUUUCCC